UGCUUGCUGGCUGCCUGUCUGGUUUGCUGUGUUCUGUGUCGGCAUGGCUGCUAGUUUCCAACAGGAAAUCUUGGUGGCUGUCCAAUUUGUGACCCAAGAAGUAGCUGCUAAGUGUCUGGAAUGCUGACUCGAGGCUGGUUUGUGUUCUAAGGUCCCGGAGCAUUCCUGCCCGCCAUGGACCCAGACCCCCAGGCAGGCGUGCAGGUGGGCAUGCGUGUGGUGCGCGGCGUGGACUGGAAGUGGGGCCAGCAGGAUGGCGGUGAGGGCGGCGUGGGCACCGUGGUGGAGCUUGGCCGCCACGGUAGCCCCUCGACCCCUGACCGCACGGUAGUCGUGCAGUGGGACCACGGCACCCGCACCAACUACCGCGCAGGCUACCAGGGCGCACACGACCUGCUGCUGUACGACAACGCCCAGAUCGGCGUCCGCCACCCCAACAUCAUCUGUGACUGCUGCAAGAAGCACGGCUUGCGGGGCAUGCGCUGGAAGUGCCGCGUCUGCUUCGACUAUGACCUGUGCACACAGUGCUACAUGCACAACAAGCACGACCUCGCCCACGCCUUCGAGCGCUACGAGACGGCUCACUCCCGCCCGGUCACGCUGAGCCCCCGCCAGGGCCUCCCAAGGGUCCCCUUGAGGGGCAUCUUCCAGGGGGCGAAGGUGGUGCGGGGCCCUGACUGGGAGUGGGGCUCGCAAGACGGAGGGGAAGGGAAGCCGGGCCGCGUGGUGGACAUCCGUGGCUGGGACGUGGAGACGGGCCGGAGCGUGGCCAGUGUGACAUGGGCCGAUGGCACCACCAAUGUGUACCGUGUGGGCCACAAGGGCAAGGUGGACCUCAAGUGUGUGGGCGAGGCGGCUGGUGGCUUCUACUACAAAGAGCACCUCCCAAGGCUCGGCAAACCGGCAGAGCUGCAGCGCAGGGUGAGCGCUGACGGACAGCCUUUCCAGCACGGGGACAAGGUUAAGUGUCUGCUGGACACAGACAUCCUGAGGGAGAUGCAGGAAGGCCACGGCGGGUGGAACCCCAGGAUGGCGGAGUUUAUCGGACAGACGGGCACCGUGCACCGCAUCACGGACCGUGGGGAUGUGCGUGUGCAGUUCGGCCAUGAGACCCGCUGGACCUUCCAUCCUGGGGCUCUCACCAAGCACAAUGCCUUCUGGGUGGGCGAUGUGGUGCGGGUCAUCGACGACCUUGACACAGUGAAGCGGCUGCAGGCCGGGCACGGCGAGUGGACAGAUGACAUGGCCCCUGCCCUGGGCCGCAUCGGGAAGGUGGUGAAAGUUUUCAGAGACGGUAACCUGCGCGUGGCGGUCGGUGGUCAGCUGUGGACCUUCAGCCCCUCCUGCCUGGUGGCCUACCGGCCCGAGGAGGAUGCCAACCUUGAUGUGGCUGAGCGCGCCAGGGAGAACAAAAGCUCCCUGAGUGUCGCCCUGGACAAGCUUCGAGCCCAGAAGAGUGACCUCGAGCACCCAGGGAGACUGGUGGUGGAGGUGGCCCUGGGCAGUAUGGCUGGAGCUCUGGACCUGCUGAGGAGGCACCCAGAGCAGGUGGACACCAAGAACCAGGGCAGGACUGCCCUGCAGGUGGCCGCCUACCUUGGCCAGGUAGAGCUGGUGCGGCUGCUGCUACAGGCACGGGCGGGCACGGACCUGCCGGACGAGGAGGGCAACACGGCACUGCACUACGCCGCCCUGGGGAACCAGCCUGAGGCUGCCCGGUUGCUCCUGAGCUCUGGGUGCGGGGCCAAUGCCCUGAACAGCACCCGGAGCGCAGCCUUGCACGUGGCCGUGCAGAGGGGCUUCCUGGAGGUGGUGAGGGUCCUCUGUGAACGCGGCUGUGAUGUCAACCUGCCUGACGCCCAUGCCGACACACCGCUGCACUGUGCCAUCUCGGCGGGUGCUGGCGCCAGUGGCAUCGUGGAGGUCCUCACUGAGGUGCCGGGCAUCGAUGUCACUGCCACUAACAGCCAGGGGUUCACCCUGCUGCACCAUGCAUCCCUCAAGGGCCACACACUGGCCGUCAGGAGGAUUCUCGCUCGCGCGCGACAGCUGGUGGAUGCCAAGAAGGAGGAUGGCUUCACGGCCUUGCACCUGGCUGCCCUCAACAACCACCGGGAGGUGGCCCAGAUUCUCAUCAGAGAGGGCCGCUGUGAUGUGAAUGUCCGCAACCGGAAGCUCCAGUCCCCACUGCACCUGGCUGUGCAGCAGGCGCACGUGGGGCUGGUGCCGCUGCUGGUCGACGCGGGCUGCAGCGUCAACGCCGAGGAUGAGGAGGGGGACACGGCCUUGCACGUGGCACUGCGGCGUCAUCAGCUGCUGCCCCUGGCGGCUGAUGGGGCCGGGGGGGACCCGGGGCCCUUGCAGCUGUUGUCCAGGCUACAGGCCUCGGGCCUCCCGGGCAGCGGGGAGCUGACGGUGGGCGCGGCGGUCGCAUGCUUCCUGGCGCUGGAGGGUGCGGACGUGAGCUACGCCAACCACCGCGGCCGGAGCCCUCUGGACCUGGCCGCCGAGGCCCGCGUGCUCAAGGCCCUGCAGGGCUGCGCGCAGCGCUUCCGGGAGCGGCACGCUGGCGGCAGCGGGGGCACGGCCUCGGGCCCGAGGCUGGUGCUCGGCACCCCCAACACCGUGACGAACCUGCACGUGGCCGCGCCGUCGGGGCCCGAGGCCGCCGAGUGCCUGGUGUGCUCGGAACUAGCGCUGCUGGUGCUGUUCUCGCCGUGCCAGCACCGCACGGUGUGCGAGGAAUGUGCGCGCAGGAUGAAGAAGUGCAUCAGGUGCCAGGUGGUCAUCGGCAAGAAGCUGCGUCCAGACGGCACGGAGGUGGCCAGCGCGACCCCGGCGCCCGGCCCGCCGCGGCAGCUGGUGGAGGAGCUGCAGAGCCGCUACCGGCAGAUGGAGGAGCGCAUCACCUGCCCCAUCUGCAUCGACAGCCACAUCCGCCUCGUGUUCCAGUGCGGCCACGGCGCGUGCGCGCCCUGCGGCGCCGCGCUCAGCGCCUGCCCCAUUUGCCGCCAGCCCAUCCGCGACCGCAUCCAGAUCUUCGUGUAGCCCGCGCCCCCCCCACCCCCCGCCUCGCCCGCCCCGCGUCCCGGCCGCGCCCCGCCACGUUCCGGAGCCACGUCCCGCCGUCGCCUUCGCAAACCCCCACCCCAUGUUUUAUAAAAAGAUU